AUGGUUAUACUAGUUAUUGGCUUUACCGUAUUUGUCGCUGUUUUUCCGUUUUAUCAUUUUUUAUCAAAAUCAGUAUUUGAAAACAGAGCAGCAAAUAAGGCUUCAUCGAUAUUAGUCGUAGUAUAUUCUGUUACCUCUUUAAGUCUAUUAGGUUUAGCAUACUUUUUCGGGCCUGCAAAAGACGAUAAAGAGUUGUAUACUUAUCAGCCUUGGUGGCUAGAAUCCUUCUCUCCAUUUUAUUUUACGCCGCCUGGGGCAGCUCAACAGGUUGCGAAAAGUUUUAUUAUGAGGAAUGGUCGUCACUGUCUUGCUCCCCGAGUAAUUGCCUCAACGCACGGUUACUAUAAUGUUAUAAAGGGUUUAAGUAAUCAAAGAGGCGAUAUGAAACAUAAAAAAUCUUUAGCAAUUAUAGCUAUCUCAACAAUCUUCUUCUUUAUUGGAGCAGUAUGUCGAGCUAUUUCUGUUUUCCAAGACAGAUUCAUGGAAGAAGGUGGCGUGAUUUAUAAACCGAUUAUUAUGUAUAUCACUUGUGAGGGGGGGUUUAGAAUUAAUUAUUAA